GACUCGGCGUUUCUAUACAUCGGAAACGAAACAGACUAUUUCUGCAUGGCAAUGUUGUGAGCAAACACAUAGUAUACUGCAUAGUUCCCGUAUAUCGAGUUAAGAGAACAUAUUUUGAUAGUGGGCGAGGGACAAUCUUGGGUUCGGUACACGGGCAUGGCAACAGUCGAGAAUGAUCCGACGGCGAGCGAAGGCGGUGCCGCAGCAUUCUCGGUGGUCCACAGUCCUAUCUGGAGCGAAUAUCAACUUCGAAAGUAUCCUUUCCAGACCAGACCGAUACCCAGACUCUCUCACACGGAUCCUAGAGCGGAGAUGCUCAUAAACAACGAGGAACCAUUGGUUUUAACAGACACCAAUCUAGUGUAUCCGGCUCUGAAGUGGGACGUCCCGUACCUGCAGGAGAACAUUGGGAGCGGGGACUUCUCUGUGUACAUUGCGGAAAACCACAAAUUCCUCUACUAUGAUGAGAAGAAAAUGGCCAACUUUGAGAACUUUUCACCCAAGUCUCGACGGAUAGACAUGAAAUUCUCUGAUUUUGUGGAGAAAAUGGAGAAAACGCAGGAAGAGGGAGGAGACGAGAGGGUGUACCUGCAGCAGACCCUGAACGACACCGUGGGCAGGAAGAUCGUGGUGGACUUCUUGGGUUUCAACUGGAACUGGAUCAACAAGCAGCAGAGCAAAAGGAACUGGGGCCAGCUCACCUCCAACCUGCUCCUCAUAGGCAUGGAGGGCAAUGUAACGCCAGCCCAUUACGACGAGCAGCAGAACUUCUUUGCACAAAUCAAAGGUUACAAAAGGUGUAUCCUCUUCCCUCCGGACCAGUUUGAGUGUCUCUACCCCUUUCCUGUUCACCACCCCUGUGACAGACAGAGCCAGGUUGACUUUGAGAACCCUGACUAUGAGAGGUUUCCCAACUUCAAGAAUGUAGUGGGCUAUGAGACUGUGGUGGGCCCCGGAGAUGUUCUUUACAUCCCCAUGUACUGGUGGCACCACAUUGAGUCCCUGCUGAGUGGUGGCGUGACCAUCACUGUCAACUUCUGGUACAAGGGUGCGCCAACGCCCAAGAGGAUAGAAAACCCAUUGAGAGCCCAUCAGAAGGUGGCGAUCAUGAGAAACAUAGAGAAGAUGCUGGGGGAGGCACUGGGAGACUCUCACGAGGUUGGUCCUUUACUGAAUAUGAUGAUCCAGGGCCGAUAUGACCAGGGAUUCAGCUAGAGCACAUAUGUCAGAGUCAAGGCCCGCGGGCCACAUCCGGCCCGCGAGAAGGUUUUUUACGGCCCCUGGGAUGAUCUUGAUUUAUUAUUAG